AUGGUGCAUGGUAAUAAUGUUACAGGAACACUUCAAUUCCUUGCCAUUUCAAAACUUUCCAUUGAACGGAAACAUUCUGAUAACACAGAUGACAGGGAAACCCUGACUGGCAGCCUCAGACCUACUUCACUUAGCCCUGAAGCUACUGCCUUUCUCAAUAUCAUUGUCAUAAGGAUGCUACGAGAUUCUGUGCAUGAAGUAUUUCAAUCCGGCGUAACUGCAAUUACAAGCCUACAAGCCGCAGUAAAAAAAUCCCUGCAGUCGCCUAGUCAAAUCGCCAACAAUGAGUGCUGCCAACUCAACGUUAACGAUCUGACAUACAGUACACGAUUUGGCAAACCUAUCAGUGAAAACUAUGCAUGUGAAAGGAUCUCCCCUACUGUUACCGAUGACCCUGAGCGAUUGAGCAAUGACGUUGUGACUGUUAUGAAAGAGAACAACAGGCAAAUACCACAAAUUAAAUGGCAAUAUUAUGGCACUGAACAAGGAAUGAUGACGAUAUACCCUGCUAAUAAACAAAACGGAUGUGACAUAUAUGAUAAUAGAUACAGACCAUGGUAUGUUGAGACAAAAUCCCCACACCCUAAGAACAUUGUCAUUGUGUUAGAUAACAGUGGAUCAAUGAGACAAAAUCAUGGUGGUAGAACGUUAAUGGAGUUCGCAAAGGAAUCGAUUAAAACUGUUUUAUAUACACUAAAUCCAAACGAUAAGGUCUCUGUCAUUUCUUUUUCUGACGCAGUGAGACUGCCUAUUGGUAGCGGUAGACCUGAAUGCUUUGGAGAACGAUUAGCGCAAGCAACACCUCUAAACAUUGAUCAUCUGAAUGACUUUUUACAAUCUCUUCCAAUUGACGAUUCCACUAAGUAUCUAGCAGCCUUGAAUACCUCGUUUGAUUUAUUAAUUGCGUCUAGACCAACGAAUGGUGAAAACAGAGAUCAAGUAAUAUUGUUUGUGACUGAUGGGAAACCUGACGAUGACAUGGCAGUUAGUUCAACGGAUUCGGUCGAGUAUGUACGCAAUGCAGCCAUUCUUAAAAUGAUUAUUGAUAGAAAUAACGAAAUGGGCAAUAAAGUUUCUAUUUUCACGUACGGACUGGGAUCAGACGUGGACAGCGACCUACUUGAAGCCAUGGCUACUCAAAAUGGCAGCGCAUAUGGUAUUUUCUCCGCAAAUAAGUUCUACAAUUGUGACUGGCCAAGCCACAUUAGUAACUCGUCCUGAAGAACUUCGUAAUAAAAUAACUUCUUACAACGAUUAUUAUACAAACACACAAA